UCGUUCAUUUUAGUUCAUCUCUUGACGUCGUAGUGAUGGCAUGGUUGGUUUGCGUUGGCUUCCUCGGCUUUGAUUUAAACUAGAUCAAUCUUACAUUUCUGCCUCUUAAGAAAUAUUUACCAGUGCUUAAGUGAAAUAAGAAUCUACUGAGCAAAUUGUUAUUUGCAAUCAUUUGUCGAAGGUCUUGUGUAACUCCAGUUUUCGUGUCUUCUAUCAGCGGUGUUCUAGGCUUGUAAAGUGAUAGUUUCCGAACAGAAAUCAGAUGUCCUGUUAUCACAAUGCAUUUGUACGGGAGAUAAAAGAGUUUUAAUUUCUGUUCGAUCAUAUAUGCACUGCCACUGAAUGUGCACGCAGUGAAGUGAAUGGUAUCAAAGUGCAUCGCAGGAUCUUUGAUGUAAUUGGCUGCAGCCGAGAAUAGUGCACAGGCUGGUUGAUUGAAAAUCAAUUUUUCAAACCAACUAGCAGUGGUGAAGUUUUGUCGUGAAAUAUCACUGAAGACCAUUUGCGGCUCAGACUAGCUGACAUACAUCGACGCAACGCAAUGCAAGAUGGUGUCAUCCCACGGUUUGGAACAUCGCACAGCAAUCCCAGCAGCAGCGGCAACAUUCACAACGGAGGAAGUACAGCCAAACUCUACACGAGCCGUAAAUCGACUCCACCAACAUCGGAGUCAUCAACACCGGCAAAGAAAGCAUCAUCGCCGUCGUUAUCUCCUUCACAUCACUACCAUGGAUUGGGUCCCUCCGGUCCAAACUGUAACGGCGAGUUCAAGUUAUGCGGCUACGAUGUCAGUGAAGAAUUCAGCGGCAACGGCAGCGGAAGUACGACUUCCAGCGGUGGAACAUCCCCGGCGGAUAUUUUUGGAAUAUUGGGAUUCUGGCUGAAAUUGAGACAUGAUCUGACUUCCGUUCCCUGGGAGCAAAUGCGUGCUGUCCGUAUGAAAAACGCGCGAGCUGCCCCCGGUUGUGCUUACAUUCCUACUGAGGUUGAGCACAUUGCCAACGUCAUCACGCAUGGUGCCUGGGUGCUUCCGUCGGUUUAUGCCGGAGUUACACUGCUUUGGCGCAGUAGUAGUGCCGCACAACUACUGGCAGCCAUAAUCUACGGGCUAGCUUUGAUGAUGCUGUUCUUCGUGUCCACCUUCUUCCAUUGUGUGUUCUAUUGCAAUAGAAACCGACCGCUUAAGGAUAUGCUGCACCGUUGCGAUCGUGCUAUGAUUUACAUUUUCAUCGCCGGAUCGUACUACCCGUGGCUCAGCCUUGGCCAUACGACUCAUCCGGAGAUAGUUUCGGUGAUCAAAUGGUGUGUCUGGGUGAUGGCAAUUCUAGGUAUCAUCUAUCAACAGAUUUUUCACGAAAGAUACAAAUGCUUGGAGACCUUUUUCUACAUACUCAUCGGGCUGGGCCCAUCAAUGGUAAUAGUUUUUUGGGGUCAUGAGUUUACUGGAAUGGCCGAACUGAAACUUGGCGGAUUUCUCUACAUUGUUGGAAUUGUUUUCUUCAAAUCUGACGGCAUCUUUCCCUUUGCACAUGCGAUUUGGCAUUUAUUCGUGGUCAUAGCAGCAGCCGUGCACUAUUUUGCUAUACUUACAUAUCUUUAUCCAAUGGAAAACGAUGUAACUUAAGAACAGCAAGUUGUUAUGAGAGGAAUAAGAAGUUGGACUAGUUUCGUAGUGAAAAAGUGAUAGUAUUGUUGAUCACCAAAAAUAUUACCCAUAAGGUAGUUGUAAAGGGUUUAGGAGAUUAUAAUUACCGGGAGUAUAACUUUGUAAAGAUAUUGUUUUCUCUGUUUCAAGAGAAUCGUGUGUUGGAUUUGAUUAGCUCUUAUUUUUUUUAUUCGUAUCAAUAACGAAUGAUUGUGAAGCAGUAAAACGUCUGAUAGACUAUUCGCGAACAUCACAUAAACUAUUCAUUUACAAGUCCGUUGCCAAAAAAGCAAUUUCUCUAUUCAUUUGUUUAUACAAAAACCUCGAAUAUAUUGAUUUAUAUCAUGAAACGAAAAGUCAGACAAGGAAUUAACCUAUUUUGUGAUAUUUUUUCCUUAAGGCCUUUUAGUUAUAAUUUAAAUUCAAAAUUUAAAAAGUAGUGUGUAUCGUUUAGGAAUUGAACGCAUCCAAUUAAUUAUUGUUUACUAUGAUCAAUUUAAAGACAAACAAUACUCAUACCCACAGAUAUAUACAGAAAUAUAGGAUGAAUAACGUUUUCUUCUACUGAAUAGAUAGGUCAACAUGUCACCAGCGGUUAAAUCUACCUUCCACCUAGUGGUUCAUAUAAACACAGACAACCAAUGAAAUUGUACCACCUGAAAAUAGUCGAAAUUCUCAGUUUCGAAUAAACUCUUACCAUAGACCUUAUGUCACCACAACGACAAAGUAUUUAUGUAUGAAAUUAAUCAACGUUAGAAUUUCACUUAAAAUAGUUAUUGCACUUCGAGUUUCCCUGAUGCCAAAAUAUAAGGAAACCUGACAGUAAGAAAUAGGCAGUGACUAGUACACCACCCACCUUAGAAUAAAAACACAGUAAAGAAGAAUAAUAACAUCACAGUUCAGUGUCAUUCUUUAGCAAUAUAAUUGUGGAAUUGAAUUACUCUUUCUGAAAUGAAAUCCAAACUGAAAAUGAAACAAUAAAGAAACCAACUUAUAUUUCCAAA